CUUUGAUAACAAAAAUUUAAAUAAGGUGAAAAUAACCGAAUUCCGUGCCUUUGGGGUGUUGUAUUCCAUCGCCAAAUCUGCCUAUGAGCCUAAACGACCAGCAUCUUUGAGCCACUUACUGUGUAAAACUAAGUCAUUUGGUGAUAAGUGCCGACUUCCUCUUCCUCUUCUUUAUUCCGAGAGUCAUUGAUGAUGAUGACAACGGAAGGCGUGGCUCCAAAACUCGCUUUUGUCAACUUCCCCGACACCGGCCUCACCCGUCGGAGUUCUAGAAUCUUCCAGGUCGGCCACCGCAGAUUUUCCUCCUCUGUGAUAACAGCCUCAGCUUCUUCAGUUAUCAACCAACACGACGAGAAACUUGGACCGAGUUCGCUUGGACACAUCAGUCGACCUCAUUUCCCCAUUCUCCACCAGGAGGUAAAUGGCUCAAAACUUGUAUACUUAGACAAUGCUGCAACCUCUCAGAAACCCAUUGCUGUCUUGAAGGCUUUGCAGAAAUAUUAUGAAGCCUACAAUUCAAACGUCCAUCGUGGCAUUCAUUUCUUGAGUGCAAAAGCAACGGAUGAGUAUGGAUCUGCAAGGAUAAAAGUGGCUUCUUUCAUCAAUGCAUCUGAUUCUAGAGAGAUUGUUUUUACCAGAAAUGCUACUGAAGCUAUUAACCUAGUAGCUUUCUCUUGGGGACUUUCAAAUCUAAAACCUGGAGAUGAGGUAAUACUUACAAUUGCCGAACAUCAUAGUGCUAUUGUUCCUUGGCAAUUUGUAGCCCAGAAGACUGGUGUGAUCCUAAAGUUUGUGAGCUUGACUGAAAAUGAAGUUCCUCAUACUGAGCAGUUAAGGGAGAUGCUUUCAACCAAGACAAAAUUACUGGUUGUUCAUCAUGUCUCAAACAUGCUUGGUAGACCUACCCUUCUCUCUUGGAUAGUUUUUGUAUCAACCAUUCCCCAUGCCUUUUUAUCAUACCAUGUCUGGCACGUCAGGAGGAAUGUGAUGCCAGGCAAUUCUUUAGUAGUGUUAAUGUUAACAUAG